CGACAGUUUACUCACCGCUCCUCUGCAUCUUGAGGCGAUUGCGGUCGGGAAACAACGGACGCGGCGAAGAAUCGAACGAAACAACUGGAAAACGGGAGAAAAAUUUUAAAUUUUAAAAAUCCGCACGUCACAUUAUCAACUAUCAAAUAUUGACGAUGGUCGGACGGUUGUACCGGGAUGGACGGACGCGGUACGCGGGACGAAUGCGCGCCGUGAAACGACAACAACUCCGUUUUUUAUUCCGUGGUUGAACAACCGUGGGCGAGGGCAGGUGGCGGUGAAAUCAUGGAAAAGAAAACGGUUUGGUGGCGGAGACUCGGACUAUCGAUCGGCGGAAAUAGCGGAUUACGAUAAUAUUACAGUCGCCAUCGGAUCGAAUUUGUCACGGAUCUAUCUAUUCUCUCUACAGCUUCCUCUAUCGAGUAUAGAUCGUAAUUCGUGAUUCGCUGAGUUAUAAGAAUAAUACUCCUCGCCACUCAAGAUAAUACUAAUUUGAAAUUUCAUCGGAAAUUUAUUUUUUUAGGUUAACAGGUAACUCGGUAAUCACUGGCCACUGCGAUUAUAUCUUAGAUUCUUUUCGCCGGUAUGAACAGUUUGCGAUUAUUCAGACGGUUAUCCAGCGCCGUGUCGCGCUCCAGCAAGAACGAACGUGCCAUUGUUGUCACUGAUGAUGCGUCAACCAUAGUGUGUUAUCAUCCGGAGAGUUCUUUCCCAUAUGAGUGCACCAAACCACUACCAGUCAACAAAGUGCAGGACAACUCAGUGUUAAAAGUUCAAAAUAAAGACUUUGUGCAUGAAGUAUUCAGUAAGCCCAAUAAUGAAAUAGUGCAACAAGAACUUAUGAAAAUGACGUACACCACCAAACAUCGUUGGGUGCCACCCAAAAAAUGGAAAAGAAACUUUGCUCAUCAAAAACUUGUAGACAGAGAAUAUUUAUAAUCUGAUAUAAUUAUGUUUAUUGUUUUUAAAAGCAAACUAGGCUCAUGUUUUUAGUAUAAGAGUAAAUAUAAAAUUGUUUUGAAAUGAUUUUUUUGAAUAAAAAUUGUAUAAUAUCAAGGAUUAAAAUGAUUGUAAGUUACAAAAAA